GAAAACAGCAAUCAUCACCAGGGACGCCCACCAUCCAGGUCAUGCUCUCUUCUUGCUGCUGCCACCAGGAAGAAGGUAUUGGAGCUUCAGGUCUCACACCACCAGGUUCAGGAACAGUUAUUACCCCUCAGCCACCAGGCUCUUGAACCAAAGGGGAUAACUUCACUUGCUCCAUCACUGAAAUGUUCCAACAACCUAUGGACUCACUUUCAAGGACUCUUCUCAUGUUCUCAAUAUUUAUUGCUUAUUUAUUUAUUGUUAUUCAUUCUUUAUUUUUAAGUGCACAUUUUAUCUUUUGCACACUGGUUGUAUGGGGCCCAGUUGGUGCAUUCUAUUAUGGUUAUUGGAUUUACUGAGUAUGCCCACAAGAAAAUGAAUCUCAGGGUUGUACAUGAUGACAAAUACAUACUCUGUUAGUAAAUUUAUUUCGAACUUUGUCGUGCACUCAUUUUGCUGUUUGGAAACGCGCAGGGCUCCCAUGUUUUAGGACUGCAUUAGAAUAUUAAGAAAAGGGAGGGCUGAGACCAUGAAAGAAUUUAAAGAAACAAAUAGGAAUAUUAGAAAUGGGGCAUUGAUGCAAUUGUCAAUAUACUCAUUGUAUAGAGCACACCCGCUCUAAAGUAUAACUAGCAAGCUUCAGACAGGUUAAUAAACAACGGACGUUUCGGGCGGAGACCCUUCAUCAGGACAUCAACUUUGACUAUACCUCUUAUAAUUUUAGAUAAGGUCCUCUGAGGCCACGCCUCUCCAAAGAAAACAAUCCAAAUUUGUCAACCAUGCGGAAUAUUUUGGAGGAUCAAGAACCCAAGAACCUUUCCUUAAAACUCAUAAUCUCUAGUCCGGGCAGCACCUUGCGGAAUCUCUUGUGUUCAUGAUCCUGGUGAACCUCCUCUGUGCCCUUUCCAAAGCCUCCACAUUCAAUCUUCGCUAUAAUGGGGUGACCAGAGUUGAAUAUAACGUCCCGGGCGCAGCUUCGCCGGAGUCUCGGCAUGCCGCUGACACCGUGCGGCCGUCAGCCCGCGCCGCACUCACGCAGCGAGCUGGGUCGUUGCCAGGUGGAAGUGGCGUGUUGGCUGGAGGGAGGUUCCCUUCAUGGUGCUGACAACGGCGAGGGCGGAGUUUCAGUCGAAUGAGAGCCAAGGUGGAAGGUGUUUAGUCGGAGGCGGUGUGCUGGUAGUAACGAGUCUUCUUCUUCUCUCUCUCUCUCCCUUUUUCGCUGCCCGGGCAGAGGAGGCCUGACAACAAGAUGGCUGCGCCGUUGCUACAGACGGGGAUGGCGGGCCAGGGCAUCCCACUGAGCGCGUUGAACCCCAACUUCCUCCACUCCAACUCCACCAGUCAUACUUGGCCUUUCAGCGCCGUGGCAGAGCUGAUCGAUAACGCAUAUGAUCCUGAUGCAAAUGCAAAGCAGUUGUGGAUUGAUAAGGCCUUUAUAAAAGGACAUAUUUGCUUGACAUUCACUGACAAUGGCCAGGGGAUGAAUCAAGAGAAGUUACACAAAAUGUUGAGCUUUGGAUUCAGUGAGAAAGUUGCACUGAAAGGGCAUCCUCCAGUGGGACUUUAUGGCAAUGGCUUCAAAUCUGGGUCGAUGCGUCUGGGAAAAGAUGCAAUAGUUUUCACAAAAAAUGGAGAAGGCUGCAAUAUAGGCUUCUUGUCUCAGACUUACCUUAACGAAGUGAAAGCAGAAAAUGUUUUAGUACCAAUUAUUUCAUAUAGCCUGAAUAAAAAGCUUUUAUCUGAAGACAUGCAAUUAAGCUUGAAAGCAAUUUUGUCCUCUUCUUUAUUCAACACUGAAAAGGAGCUACUAGCAGAGCUGGAAGCUAUUCCUUACAGAAGAGGAACAAGGAUUAUAAUUUGGAACAUAAAACAAACCAAGGAAGGAAAGCCAGAGUUUGACUUUGAAUCCGACAAGUAUGAUAUCAGAAUCCCUGAAGAUAUUUUAAGUGACAUUGCAGAGAAGAGAAAAUACAAAAGGCAGGAUCGGAUGGAUCACCUUGUGCCCAUUGAAAGUGAUUAUUCAUUACGAGCUUAUUGCAGUAUUUUGUAUCUGAAGCCACGCAUGCAAAUAAUUCUGCGGGGAAAGAAAGUGAAAACACAACUUGUUUCCAAAAGCCUUGCACAUAUUGAACAUGACGUAUACAGACCAUCAAUCAUUGGGAAAAACAUAAAGAUAACCUUUGGCUUCAAUUGGAGAAACAAAGAACAUUAUGGGAUAAUGAUGUAUCACAAAAAUCGUCUGAUUAAAUGCUAUGAGAAAGUUGGUUGUCAGCUUCGAGCAAAUGAAGUGGGAGUGGGUGUCAUAGGAGUCAUUGAGUGUGACUUUCUCACACCCACACACAAUAAACAAGACUUUGAUUAUUCAAAUGAAUACAGGCUUACAAUUCAAGCUGUUGGGCAGAAACUGAGUGAUUACUGGAAUGAAAAAUGCAAUAGUAAGCAGUGCAACCCGGGUAAUGCUGAAGAUUCGCAGAAUCUUCCUGAUCAAGUAUGGGUCCAGUGUGAUGCUUGUCUGAAAUGGCGAAAGAUCCCAGAUGAGAUAAACCCAGAUAUGCUUCCUGACAAGUGGUUCUGUAGCAUGAAUACAGACCCAAAAUACAUGAAUUGUAGCGUCCCAGAAGAACCUGAAGAUACUAUUGAGGAUACUCCCAGUUAUGAGAAAACAUUCAAAAAGAAAGAAAAGAAAAACUGUAGAAAGUCUCAGCAGGAUCAAAACAACCAGUCGAGCUUACAGAAAACCAUACAGAAAUACGGUCGGGAAGCUAAUGCCCUUCAAAGAGAACAGCAGAGAUUACAGACAAAGAUUCUAUUAUCAGAGCAAAAAGGAUCCCCCCAAUCUAUUGAAGUAACUUCAAAUACGCAGGGUAUCACCAAGUGGAUGGUUGAUGGAAAUAAGACACGGAACAUGUCUUCAAGUCUGCAAAGUACCCCACCUCCAAUAUUGACCUCUCCUGUGAGUAGUCUUCAAAUUGUAGACGUCAAAUCGCUGUCAUCUUCACAAACAGCAAGUGAUGGUCAAAGCACUAAACGAAAACUUAACUAUGAUGUUGCAACUCCAACUUCUAAAAACCCAAAACUAAAUGGUGAAAAUGCACUUUGCAUGUCUUUGAACGGGCGUGCUGCUUCUGCAAUAAAUUUUGAAGAUGACUUAAUUCUUCUUGAAGAAGGAAGUACACCAAGGCCUGAAGAAAAUUUUGACUUGUCUAAAAUAAAGAAAGAGGUAGGAGAGGGUAUCAAUUCAUCAAGCUUUGUCAUGGAUACUCGCAGUGAUAAUAUUUCACUAAGGAGUAAUGAACUGAAAUCUUUAAGUACACAAACUGAGAAACUGAACAUUUCCAUCAAGGAAGAAGGAACUGUGUGCAAUAAUCCAAGCCUCUCUGAUAGUGUCACUCUAGGCGGAUUACAACGCUGUGACACAUUGCUUCAGUGCUCGACGGAUACCUAUGGAAGUAUUGCUAAAAGCACUGAAGCAAUAAAAAUUGAGCAAAAUUUGCUGAAAUCCGUGGCAGAACAGAGGGACCGCUUGAAGGCAAAAAAUGAAUUGUUAGAAAAAGAACGAGACAGUUUGUCAAAAAAGUUACUUGCAGUGUCUAGCAGUCAUGUCAAAAAGGAGCUCUAUGACCAAUGGACACAGUGUGAAUUUAUUGUAGGGGACAGUACUGAUGAGUGUGUGAAAGAUUUCAACAAAUUAAGCGAUGAUAGUAAGACAAUCCUAUAUGAACUGGCAAUGAAGGAAGUGGAGUGUUUAAAACAACAGUGCCAAGCAUUAGAGCAUUGCAAGCAAGAAUGCUCUGCCUCAGCCAUGAAAGAGGAUGACAAGCAAGCUCAACUGCUGGACAACAUAUUACAACAGUUAGAUAUCUGCACAUCUGAACGAGAUCAACUAAAGGAUAAAGCUGACCAACUCCAAAAACAAAAUGAUGCAUUGAAGUUCAACUGUACAGAUCUUUCUAAAGAAGUGGAAAGUUUAAAGCAACAAGUCACCGAAGCACAACAGAGCAACCUUUCAGAUGAAACAAGUAUAAAACUCAGGUCUCUAAGGAUUGGUGUUGCACAGCUUCUGGUUGAUAUCGUACCUGAUCUGGAUUUAGAGCAAAUAAAUUAUGAAAGUACUGUUGUUGAUGAGAUUCUGGACCAGGUACUUACAGCCAGUACAUCAUGAAGAUCAUCUCCUGCUUUGCAAUUUGGAUGUACUUUGAAGAUAUCCAGUGGUAUAUGUAACAAAACCAAUAAACUUAAUAACCCAGUCUACAGUUAAGCAGACAAUGCACUUCUAUAAUUUCUCUUCUGUUUCCUAUUAGAUCUAAGAUGUUUGUUUAUUCAUUUUCUAACUUGGUAAACAGUGGAUAGCCCAUUGGAGCAGUUUGAAGCAUGCUUGAAAAUUGAACUGAUUUAAUUGGAGUAAACAGUUCAAACUAGUUUUAGAACUUUCAUGAAGGGAGCAGGAAACUGCAGAAAUCUGAAUUAAUAGCAGAUACACGGAAUUAAUGCUUCAAUGAUAGAUCUUUGAUCUUGAAACAAUAAUUGCGCUACCAGUCUGGCCGAGUAUUUCUAGCAUUUUCUAUUUUUAUUGCAACUGUGUUUAUGAUAUUAGUACAAUACAAAACAAUGUUGGAUCAAAAAAUUGUAGAGAGUGAGGUGGUGGUAUUUUCCUGUUUAAGAGUUUCAUUCCUGCAAUUGUAAAUUUAAUGCGCUAUAUUUUGCUCAGCAUUCCCUCUAAUUUUACUUACAGCAGCUCAUACCAACCAUUGCUCAGAGCAGGAAAUUUUUACACGGACUGAAAACUGUGUGGCACUUUAGUAAAACAUUAUAUAAAAGAAAAUUCCAGCUGCAUGGCAACAAAGACUAUGUGUGCCGGAGUAUUUCAGUUACUGCGCAGCCGCAAGCUUACAGGGAACAGUGAUUUUAUUCAAUGUUUUUCCUUGCUUUCUCAGAGUAAUUUUUCUGUAAAUGGACAGUGUUUAGAGGGUGAGUGAACUUAGAGGGAACAGUGAUGUUGCUCAAUGUUUUUCCUUGGUAUCUAAGCAAUUUUGCUGUAAAUGAACAUUGCAUAAUAUUUUGUGGAUUUUACAGUACGGAAACAGGCCGCUAAGCCAUUGGAAAAACAAUUGUAAUCGACUGCUUGUUAAGCCCCAUCACCCCUUCUGGGGAAAAGGCCACGAGCAGCAGCUUGUUGGAAUCCUCUGUUCUGGCCAGUCUUUCAAAUUGUUCCCAAACGUAGCCCAACUUCUUGGUGUCGAAAAUCCUUCCUUUCCCAGGAAUGAGGUCUUUGGAGCUUCUGUUGGCGUUUCUGUAGUUCUGAGUUUUUAUGGGAUGGGGUUGCUAGCUCCAUGCCAAACCUUCACCCUUUCUCAGCCAGACUUGGGACUGUCCAUGGUGGAGUUAAUUGCCUGGUUCUUACAAUGUAAAUGAAUAUGCAUUGCUCAGUCACUCUCAGGUUUCAUUAAUUCAAAUUAUUUUUGUAGUAGUGAAAACUCAGUUCAUGCACAGAAUGCAGAACACCACUUAAUUUCCUUUCUGGGCUUGAAAUCAGUGAGUCCAUGAAGAACAAUGAUUAUACUUAAAGUAUAUAACCUAUAUUGCAGAUUUUAAAAAUAAAUAUUCUAGAUUAUUUGAUGGAAUGGGUGUGUCAGGUGAGGUAAUGCAACUUUUUCUUCCUCAGCCCCUAAUAUUUUUGACAUUUCCUGCAAUAUUUUUAAUUUUCUGUAGCUUGUAAAUAAUGUAUUUUUAAUUUAUUGCUGUAUUAGUUCAAGUUCAAGCCUAAUAGUCAUUCAACCAUACAUGAAUACAGCCAAACAAACCAGCAUUACACUGGGGGCAAGGUGCAAAACACAAUACCAACAGUCAUAUGCAGCACAAGGCACAUACAGCACAUAUAAGAUAGCAAGCAUGUAUAAGAUAACAGUAAAAUAGUCACACAAAAAAAAUAGUCCAAGUUCCUAAGUCCAUGAAUGUUGUAGCAGUCUGCAGUCGAGCAUAAGACAGCUAGUCUACUGCCAAGAGAACACUGGGGGACACUGCUAACUCCAGCAUGGACGCUGUACCACACCGCCUCUGGCACUCCAGUGGAGUGCCCAGCUCUGAUGACUCCCACUAGGCGGCUGCAAACAGGCGACACUGGGGCUUGAGGCCUAGUUCUUGCUACAACCGAGGCCAUGCACUGCCCCAUCAUUCACCAAUAAACCUAUGAAUUGGACUUGUAGAAUUCCACUUGCAGCAUUAUUGAGCAUUUAUGAAUGUUGUUCCACAAAGUUUACUUAAAGCUUUUUUUUUUACAGUAUAUAGGAAUCUUACACGAUAAACAGGGAGAUUGUUUAUAAAAUUGGGGUGAUAAUUACAUGCUGUUUUUUUGCUUUUAUUAUUCUUAAAAUCUCUUUAAACUUGCUGGGAGUUCCAUGGUUAAUCUUGCCUAUCUGGCUGUUCAACAAGUCAAGCCUGUGGUAACUGCAGAUUAUGUAUUUGUGAAUGGUAUUUCAUCUGAUCACUCCUCAUCUGUGUCACAUGUACCAUUUCUUCAGCUUGGCUUUUUCAGUAUUGACAUUAGUAUCAGAGGUUUUAAAUGCAUAAAGCUAUGUAGCACUACAACACUGAAACAAGCCCAUCUAGUGUGUCAAACUGUUCUACAUAGUCCCAUCGACCUGCACCUAGACUAUAGCCCUCCAUAAAUUCAGGCCAUUCCUUAUUUGAUUUGUACUGCAGGCCAAUCACUGUCUGAAAUCACAUUUCCAAUUUACAAUUUAACAAACUCAGUUGAAGUUGGACAGAAGGAAAUUGCAUGUGUCAUGCAUUAUAUUGCACGUACUUUUCAUACAAAUAAAUUAUGCCAGCAUAUAAAAGGCAAAGAAUUUAUCAUGCAUAAAUUCAUUAUAAUUUUUUUUACUUAAUUCCUGGUUCAGGUUCAGAUAAAGAGUACUUUGUGCUGCCUCCAUACCUACAUUAGUGUAAUGCUUUACAGUGCCAGCAAUCUAGAUUCAAUUUCCACUGCCGUCUAUAAGGAGAUUUUUGUGUAUUCCCCAUGGGUUUCCUCCGGGUGCACCAGUUUCCUCCCACAUUCCAAACACAUACAGGUUUCUGGUUAGUAAGCUGUGGGCACGCUUUGUUGGUGAGUGGCAACACUUGAACUGUGCUUGUUGUUCACAUAAACAACAUUCACUGAAUGUUUCAAUGUACAUGUGUCAAAGCUAUUCUUUCUUUACAGUAUGUUAUUACACAAUAGAUUUCAAACUAAUCCAUAGCAGUUUUACGCACCAUUCAACUUUAUAAAUAGUUAUUUUUUGAUUUUCAGCCAGUGUUUAAUGGAAAAGGGAAGUUUGAACUUUACCAUUUUUUUGAAUACACAAUCUAUUUGUCAUAAAGUUACACAGUGAGAAUCUCCAUUUGAAAAUAUCCAUUAUGUUAUUUAACUUUCGAGGAGUAUAUUGCCUGACAUUUUGACAUUAAUGUGCUCUCCUUUGGCAGAGAUAGACUUCUGUGUUGUAACUUUUUCUCUCAGGUGACCAUUACAUAACUCUAGGCCUUAUUUAAGCAAGUCUGCUCUCCAGGCAAAUUGAUCUCAGACUGCUGUUUAUGAGCCGCCCAGCAAGCUGUAAUGAGUGAUUCAUCCUGGAAAUGAGUUCCCUGUGGAGUACUGUGUCUUCACACUAAUUGCUUGUUUGGAGUCUUUAUUCAACCUCUGACAUACCCUUAUCAUAACACCAAGCAUGGUUCCUUUUUAAUAUAAUAUUAGAAUGAUUGCUCCAUUUGUACUAGACUAGAUUUUCUCUAAAGGACUAGGUUUUGAAUUCCAACCUUAAGUACUUUAAAAAAUUUACUAAGAGCGGUUGUCGUAUUUUUUUUAUUGAGAUUGGAAUGUUGCCAGGACUUUUAUUGCUUUUAUUGCUCAUCCCUUGUUGCCCUCAGAAAAUACCACACUGAUCGACUGCAAUCCAAGUGGUAAACAUAUCCCAAUAUCACUGUUGGGAGGGAUUUUUAGGAUUUUGCUCCUGCAGCAAUGAAGGAACAACUAUCCAUUUCUGAGACAGAAUGGUAUGUACCUUUUAGAGAGAAACUUAGAGAUGAUGUUUGUCUCCCUAUAUCUGCUACCAUCAUCCUUCUAUUUGGAGAUCUUGAAUUAGUGCGGCCAAAAUAACCUUGGCAAGUUAUGUACACAUCUUUUGCUUUGAAGAAAUAGCUGCUGUUCGUUUUUUCCCAAGAAAAUACGUGAUUACUAUUACCAAUCAUGCCUACUUUAGCUGCAUUGUUUUAUUAAGCAAUUUUACACAGAUAUUAUAAAUGUUCUGUUUCAUGAAUUAGUGAAAUCCAUUAGCCUAUAUCCUUAUUAUCUAUUGAUUCAAGUAUUGCUCACAGGCACUGAUUUACAUUGUUGCUAAUAGAUUAGAGGUUGAAUGCAGUCUGAUUUCAGUUGAGUAUGUCCAUCUUACUGACUUGUGCAACUGUACCACUUUUCUGCAAUUCAGCCUCUGCCUUUAAAAUUUUUAAUUUUUACACUAUUUUGUUACUAUAUAAUACAGUUAAGGAAUACCUCGACACAAACGCUUGUGUCUUGGGAAAAGGGCUGUAGAGUGGAAUGUGAGCCAUGUAGUCAUAAUGUAAAAUAACAAUUUUAUUCCUCUUGAAUUUGAGAGCAAAACGAUACUCUGAUUCAGAUCUAUAAUUUUGAUUUGUACUUUGAAAGUGCAAAUAUAUAUUGUUCCCCUUUAUAACUGAAAUGGGAGUCUUAGCACAGAGAUUUGGGAAUACACUGUAGGAGUAUGUAGAACCAUAUAGUGCAUUUGCACUUGUACACUACCUGAAAUUCUUUAUGCUUUUACAACUCUGUGCAGUCCUCUACCUCUGGUUGCUUUGUCAAAUCAGUCUGUAUAUCUGAACUUGAACUUGUUCGAGAUUCCCAAGAUUAUGCCAACAGACAUAAUGGAAUUAAGUUUUACAAAUUUUCUUACAAAUCCCAAAAUCUGUCUUCCUAUUAUCACUGAGAAAGUGAUACAUAAUUAUAUGCAGUUAACUGUGCUGGUCUUGGCUUUAUUUAUGUUGACCUGUCUUGACACCAUUCAGUUAUACUGCCAAAUGAUCCCUUGUAUUGUUAUGCUGAAUGAUGCUUCUUACUGAAUAAACUACAGCUCUUCACUUCCUCAUGCUUCUAUGAUUCCCAUGUUCUGUACUGGAUUCAAGGUAGCAUAAAUGUUCUUUUUGUUUUUGUCCUUUUAUUCUUAUCUAUCACAUGUAAACAGAAAGCUUUGUGGACUACUUCAGCCUCCCCUCUCGCCUACAUAGAUAAAGUUCAGUUUGGUUUACUUAUGCCCUUUUGAUUAUUACAAAAUUAAUUUACUGUCACUUGGAAAUAUUGAUGGUUCACAUUUAGCCAAUCAGAAUUAGCAACGUGAUGUUUAUGUACUUUGAUAUUAAACUUAUUGUGAACUUUAAAGAAGCAGAAAUUGGAUUGGCAAUCCACCUUUGACCAUUCCUUCCCCCAGUUAGAUCUAUGGAGAGUAGCUAACGAUUUUAAUUCCAAUUUCUAAAUUUAGGUUACUAUCUGAGAAUUUGCAAGAGCCACAGGUUGUAAUGGAGUUUGUAUAGCUCAGAUCAAAAAUAGUCUUUUGCUUAAGGAAAGGAUCUAGUGCUUUCCCGGUGUAUAUGACAAAUAAACUCUUCUCAGGUUUCCAGCCGAGUACAGGCAUUGAUUUUUUUAAACCAACGUUACAAUGACAAACUCUGCCAUCUUCAUCGGGGAUCCCUGAUGAAGAUGGCGGAGUUUAUCAUUGAAAUGUUGGUUUAAAAAAAUCAAUACCUGUACCCGGCUGGAAGCCCAAGAGGAGUUUAUUAGGUUUUUGUUUGGAACAAUAAUGGACUGGAGUUUAAUGCGUGGACUUGGAAAGGAAAGAGGUGUUUUUAACAAAAUGAGUGGUCUAAAAGUCGGUGUUGUGGGAAUGACUGAGCAACAGUACAAAUCUACAGCGCAACUGGCAUUGUGAAGGUGUGUUUUCUAAAUUGAUAAUGUAGUACAUGUGCACAUCCCAACCUGAGUGCAGUUUAAGUUCCUGUUUCUCAUUUUGUGGCUUAUGUCAACCUUGUUUUCUCCAAAUAAUUAAUGUAAAAACACACACUCCCUUGUUAGCUACCUAUUAGUAGUAAUCAACUUUUAGCUAAUUCUGCUUUAAAAGUAUUCAAAGACCCUUCUCCAACCAUCAUUUGAAGAAGAGUUCUAAAGGUGCUGAACCUUCUGAGAGGAAAAUAAAAUGUCAACAUUUGAAGUAAAAACAAAUCAGAAGAGCAACCAGAGAAUAUUUCUCAAUUUCAGACUCUGUGAAUUAAUGUACAAACAUUAAGAAAGCAGAAGUAAUAAUCAGACUUUUUAAUACUGCACACUUUUUUCUUUUGAUUUUACAGCUAAAGCCAAUGCCUUCAAUCUGAAAUGCUAGAUCACUUCCACAUUUAUAUGGAUACUGCAUGUACUGCUGAAUGUGAUCACAAUUUUGUUAUUUCAAUUUCCAGCAUUUGUAGUUUUUAAGUGUUUAAUCCAAUUAUGAUUUCAGUAUUGAUCAAUUUUUAACGUAGUGGAAUCUACAGAACUCCAUGUUGCAAGCUUCCCCUUGGCACUUUCGCUGAGUUCAGUAUCCAAGUUCAAAGCAAAAUGGCUAUUUUUUGUAUAUUUUGAAAUUGGUAUACUUAGUCCCCUUUGACUAUCUAAUAGCUAAAUUGCUUCAAUUUUUGUAAUCUGUUAGUGAAUAAAUAUGUGCAAGUUGGGUUGGCCGUUGAAAAAUUGACCUCAAUUUAGAUCAAAUCAAUGCAAUGAAUCGAAUUAGAUACAGUGACCUAGUUUAGUUUUCAUGAAUCUGAUCCAAAUUAGUUUUUAGAGUUCAUUUUCCAGGUAGGAUUUAAAGCUGCAUUUGUUGAAUGCUGAAGAAAAUAUAUGUACUUUGUUGUAAUUCCUAGAACAGCUUUAGAGUCUUCCAAAAAUGAAUAUCAUUAUUUAAUUAAGUAAAUAUUUUAAAAGUCUAAUAUUGAAGACUAGUUCUGCCUUCCUUCCCUAAUCUGAAAGUGAAGUGUUGUAUUUAUAACGUUGGAAGCAAACACAGCAGCUUUGUUUCAUGCUUUGAAAAUUGUGGGUGAAGAAUAUUAAGUGGUAUUUCAGAGGUUCUCAGGUAUUUUGACAAAUUGAUGGCAGUCACUGUAAUUAAACAAACAUGCCAUUUUUCAAAAUCUAAUUUUAUUGCAUUUUAGGUUGAAAAUUUGAAAUGGCCUUUCAUGAGGUAACUGAAUGUAUUUUUACCUGUGUUAUUGUAUCUGUCUAAAGUGAUUUCUCUAAUUGUUGAGAAAAAAAUCAGUAGAAAUUCUUGAUAAAAUACUGCAGGCUGGCAUGAACUGUAUUAUCAAUAUAAAUGUUAACACCUAAAUCGUUAGUUAAUAUUUUGUUCAUUAUGCAAAGAUGCAUUGAGUUAAAUUUAUGGAAAAUGUUCUAAACUUCAGGCAAUUUUGAGAACAUUAUGCUCUAUGUAAAUGUAUUGGUAUACCAUUUUGUAAAUGAAAUUAAAUUGAAAAUGAUAUAAACAUUUUAUACUUUGUAUUGCUGAAUAAAUUUCCACUUUGACAUUGGUGGUAGUCUAAUUAUUCAAUCAUCUCAAGUUUAGGCCCAAACUGGUUG